AAGCUCGGACACACAGGCAUGAAAACAACAUUACGAAGUUCUCUCGCCCUCUCCGUUCUGCACCAAAUCUGUCCACUUUUUCUCCAAACAGAUCAAAUCCCAGAUAUUUUCUCUAUUGCUCUAAAAGCACAACCAAAACCCUAGCAUUUUCUUUUCUCAUCGACCUAAAAUUGGCGAUAGGGUUUUGGAAAUCCGUAUAAUCUUUCGAAACUAUAAGGGGGAGAGAGAGAAAACUGUAUGAGCUGGUUUGGGAAGCCGGGUUUCUUAUUGAAUUAUUCGAAUUCUUCUUCGAAUUCCAAUCAUUUUAUAACGUGUCUCUUAAUUUUUAUUCUUCAUUACUCGCCUCAAUUGCCUCCUUCCCUCUUUAAUUUCGAGAAAAAACGUCUGGAUCCUUUAUCCUCUAUUAUUAGCAUUAAUAAUCGUCAGAGUAACAGAUUAAAUUAUUGUCUUAUUGCCGAUCGCCGAUUGUCUUUGCGAAAUGAAGUCUGUAGGCACCAAGAAUAAUCCCCAAUUGCGCAGAGGUCUUUGCUCAAAUGUCGAGAGGAAGCCAUCUGUCAUUGUCAUUGGCGGCGGUAUGGCUGGAAUUGCAGCUGCGCGUGCUCUUCAUGAUGCCUCAUUUCAGGUUGUCUUGUUGGAAUCACGGGAUAGGAUUGGCGGUCGUGUUUAUACAGACUACUCCUUUGGUUUUCCAGUUGACUUGGGUGCAUCAUGGUUGCAUGGAGUGUGCAAAGAGAAUCCCUUGGCACCAUUGAUUGGGAGAUUAGGACUACCCUUAUACCGUACUAGUGGGGACAACUCUGUGCUGUAUGAUCAUGAUUUGGAGAGCUAUGCACUCUUUGAUAUGGAAGGGAAUCAAGUUCCUCAGGAAUUAGUCACUAAAGUUGGUGAAGCAUUUGAGGGUAUUUUAAAGGAGACGGAUAAAAUAAGAGAGGAAUCAAGCGAAGACAUGUCCAUAUUCCGUGCUUUCUCAAUUGUUUUUGAAAGGAAGCCAGAAUUGAGGUUGGAGGGGCUUGCUUAUAAUGUUCUUCAGUGGUAUUUAUGUAGAAUGGAAGGCUGGUUUGCUGCGGAUGCUGAGACCAUCUCACUAAAAUGUUGGGAUCAGGAAGAACUGCUCCCUGGUGGUCAUGGGCUUAUGGUAAGGGGCUACAUCCCAGUUAUAAACACUCUUGCAAAAGGUCUAGACAUCCAUUUGGGCCACAGGGUUACAAAGAUUGUAAGGCGUUAUAAUGGAGUGAAGGUAACAGUAGAAAAUGGGAGAACAUUUGUUGCAGAUGCUGCUAUUGUUGCUGUACCUCUUGGUGUGCUGAAAGCAAAAAGCAUAAGCUUUGAGCCAAAGCUCCCAGAGUGGAAGGAAAUGGCCAUUGCUGACCUUGGAGUAGGGAUUGAGAAUAAAAUACUGUUGCACUUUGAAAAGGUGUUCUGGCCAAAUGUGGAGUUCUUAGGAGUUGUUGCAGAGACAUCUUAUGGUUGCAGCUACUUUCUAAAUCUUCACAAGGCUACUGGUCGCUCUGUCCUUGUUUAUAUGCCUGCCGGGCAGCUAGCCAAAGACAUUGAGAAAAUGUCUGAUGAAGCUGCUGCUAAUUUUGCUCACAUGCAACUCAAAAGGAUCCUUCCAAAUGCUUCUGCCCCGAUUCAGUAUCUUGUUUCUCGUUGGGGCACAGAUGUUAACUCACUUGGCUCCUAUAGCUAUGAUACAGUAGGCAAAUCCCAUGAUCUGUAUGAGAGGCUAAGGAUCCCAGUGGAUAACUUAUUCUUUGCGGGGGAGGCAACAAGCUCGAACUUCCCAGGUUCGGUGCACGGUGCUUUCUCAACUGGACUGAUGGCUGCUGAAGACUGUAGGAUGCGGGUCUUGGAACGAUAUGGGGAGUUGGAUUUGUUCCAGCCGGUCAUGGGUGAGGAGGGCUCAGUGUCAGUCCCACUAUUGAUCUCCCGGAUGUAACUCUUAGGCUGCCUCCAUUUAGGUCUUAUAAUGAAAUAGGAGAUAUGUAAUAGUCGGAUCUGGGUAACGAUGCAUUAUUGCCAUUUUGGUUGGCCCACUGGGAAAUGAUGCUAAGGAAAAGGUACCUUUUUUCCCAUGGAUUUAUCAAUUAAAUAUUGGUUAAUAAUGCCUAUGUCUUCUUCUGUAUUACGUGGGAUAUACUUACUGGUAGUAGUCAUCAAUAUUGGGGCUCCUAAAAAUGAAUCUGGUUUUCAGAAAAUUAUGUUAUUAGGAGGCGGUAGAUGGUUUAUUUGUAGGAGCUUCUGCUUUGUUGGUGGGAAGGACGCUAUAAUUUGCUAUAUGAAGUUGUAAUAAAUAAAGGUUCUCCUC